AUGGGUAAGAAAAACUCACAAUCUCAUCUUCCCAAAUAUUUGAGAGAUCAAGGAGGUGGUGGAGGAGGAAAAAAGAAUUCCACAAUUACAAGCACGAGUGCUAGUAGCUCAUUCACUACUACAGCUGGUUCUUCUUCCUCGAAUGGCACCACCACCACAUCAUCACGACCAUCUCUCUCCGCAGUGUUGACGAAAAUUCCAAACUCUUAUCGUCAACGAGCAUUUGACUACUUUAUGAAAAUGCAAUCCCCAGUGCUCAAUUCAGAAUGGAAGCGUCGAUGUGAAAAAUUGGAACAGCUCAAAGAUGAAUUUUUACGAACGUUUUUCAGUCAUGAAGAUGUUGCAUUGCAAGAGAGCAUUGAAAUCAAUUAUGAUUUGAUUGUGAAUUUGGAAGAUUGUCUUCAUCGUUGUGGAAAUUUACUCUUUCACUACGAGGACAAGAAUUACUUUUUCCUGUAUUCAGGACUAGACCAUGCAUGUAAAAUAUGUCUCCAUGCUUUUCGUUUACUGCCAAGCAUAGAAUCCAAAUCGAGUGACGACAAGUGUCAAAUCAUCAUGGACAAGUUAUUUUCCACCUUGAGUUAUAUUUUCUUUAAAUUAUCGAAAUAUUCUCGUGGACGUUUAGUCCUCAAUUCACACUCCAUGUUUCACAUUUUGUGGAGCAUUGAACAGAGUUAUUUAGCAAAAGCGAGACGAACCGCUCGAACUCAAUCAACAUUAUUUAAGGUCGACGUUUUAUUUAAUCCAGAUGUGGAAAGUUUGUUGUAUCACAUUCGUGAAACCAUGACGGUUUUACAUCAUGAUCAAGUCAUGAAUGAGGAGUAUUUCAUGUUACUCACGAGUGCUAAUAAGCAAUGGUUUAAUGAUUCCACGGUCACGGUAGAAAUGAAACUAGUUGACAAUUUUGGAAGUGAGACUGUUGAUGUGUUUAUUGCUGUUUUGGAUAUUCCUGAACUCAAAGAAUGGAAUCAAUUCAAUUUUAAUAAUUAUAUGAAAAGUUCGAAUAUGACGUUGCAACUCGAAGACUUUGACAUCAGAGCUCACUUUUCUAUAGUGGCUUCUAGAACUGGCACACGAUUUUUAAAUUUAGAUUAUUUUGUGAAAUGGGAGAGUCGUACCAACCAUGAGCAAAAGAAUCAGUUUCAUGAAAUAUCCACUCCUGGCUACUACAUUCUUCGACAGGAUAAGAAUAUUUCCAAGUUGGCAUUAAUGAAAUUUUUGGAAUUUAUCUAUACAGACACAUUUUCAAAACUCUCUCAGGACGUUGAUUUCAUGGAGAAACAAGCAAAAGCAUUAGAAAUUUCUAUUGAUGAAUGUGAGGAACAACUUGUGAGAAAUAUGAAUCAAUUGGGAUCCUGUCUUUCUAAUCCAACUUCAAAGCAAACUCUUAAAAUGAUUUCCGAAACUUUUCCUUCACAAAAAGUUUCACGAAUGGGUAUCCUAUCUGGAUCACAAUUUAAUUCACUUUAUGAUUCUAUUGAUGUGGACAUGUACUGUGUGGAAUUGUACAACAUGUCUCCGUACAAUUCACCUCUCAAAUAUGAACCAAUUAGUUUGCUAUCGAAGGGUAAUUGUGUCGAACAUGAUCUCUUCUGCAAUGCUUUUCAACAAUCUGAACGAAUGUUUUCAGAUCUUAAUAUUAUACCGAAUGUGGCAUGUGAUUUAAUUGAUUCCUGCAUCACGAAUGAAUACUACAAAAAGGCUGUCGAAACAUUUGUCCGAAAGGGUCAUUUAUCUGUGCACAAAUGCAUUCUAGCAGCACGAAGCGAAUAUUUAAGAAAGGUGUUUCAAUACGAAUGUCCAACAGUGCUCGACGAAUCCAAUGGCACCGAACACAUUAUCAACAGAGAAAACUUUCACAUUGAGAAUUUAUCGUUCACUUCGCUAUUUAUUAUCACAAAGUAUAUUUAUGGAGGAUUGGGAGUGUUUACACAACAUGCCAUUCCUGUUGAAUGUUUGGUUGAGAUAUUUGUUGCUGCAGAUAUGUACUUGUUGUUUCCCCUCAAAAAAUAUGUGGAAGAGUUAAUAGUGGAAUAUGUGAAGAACGUAAAGCUGCCAAAAGGAUUGAAAAAUCCGUCUGAAAAUGAAAAUUCACGCAUUGUUCAGGAAGUUUACGAGUUGUCAAUCAUUUACAACUCGUACCAGCUAAAGCAUGAGUGUUCCAAAUUAUUGAGUGAACAUUUCCCUGAUUUGAUGAAGUAG